AAAAUCUAAAAAUCUAAUUACAAGAAUACCUGAAGCUAAAGACGAAGUUAUGGACUAGACAAAACGAUUAAAAAGAAUUCGACAAAAAAAGUUUUGGGCUAAAAGCUAGUCAAGAGACUGAUUGCAUAAAAACGAAUAUUAUAGAGAUAAGCUCAAGUGAAGAGCUAGAUACGUCAACAUUUGUGUUGAUUAAACACAUUAAAUUGUAAUUUAGAUGUAGCAUUGACCAAAAUCAAGGAGCAUCCUAAAACUUGUAUGGGGACCACAUUAAUAGCGCCCUGGGGCUCCAACUCACGGCCGUGCGUCGCACACACGACGUCGCUCAGUGAAAGGGUGCGCCCCCGCCAUCUGUAUAAAAACUACAAGCCUUCCUCGCCAGGCAUCAUUCAGCAUCCUCGCCCAACUCAAUCACCACACAAUGGCAUUCAAGUUUGUAGUAUUCGCUUGCUUGGUGGCAGCCGCCAGCGCUGGAGUAUACCCUGCUGCUCCCGUAGCAUACGCAGCGGCCCCAACCUACGCUCAGCACGCAUAUGCCGCUGCACCCGUAGCGUACGCCGCACCCGUCGCUAAGGUUCUGGCGCCCGUCGCCAAGGUCGCCGUCGAAGAGUACGCGCAUCCCAAGUACAGCUUCGCUUACGACGUGCAGGACGGUCUCACCGGUGACUCCAAGUCCCAGCACGAGAGCCGCGACGGUGACGUUGUCCAGGGCUCCUACUCCGUGGUCGACCCCGACGGCACCAAGCGCACUGUUGAGUACACCGCUGAUGACCACAACGGAUUCAACGCCGUCGUGCACAGAGAGCCCCUCGCCCACGCCGCCAAGGUGGUCGCCCCUGUAGCUUACCACUCUGCCCCCGUCGCUUACCAAGCCCCCGUAGCUUACCAAGCCGCCCCCGUGGCCUACCAAGCUCCCGUGGUGCACGCCGCCCCCGUCGCUAAGCUGGCGUACGCGGCUACCCCAGUUGUUCACGCUGCCCCCGUCGCCAAGUUCGCCGCUCCCGUCGCCUACUCCGCUCCUCUCUACCACCACUAAAUAAGAAUGCCAAAACCUAGGAAUCUAAUAUACCUUACUGUUAGCGUAUUAUUUUAAAUACGUUUACAGUAGUAUUAAGUUCAAUAGGAUUAAAUAAAUUAUUUUUUUACUGAC